GUCCUGUCCACGUGACCUCCACCCAUGUUUUACGACAGGUGUUUGAUUUCCGGCAGCGCAAGGAGAUCUCGCGAGUCAGGUGAGGCGGAAGUGAAGUGACGACAGAGUCCCGCGGCGGCUCACCUGUCCGCAGGUGAACGAGAGAAGAAGAGAAGAUGAGUAACCCCAUCCCGUCCAAUCUGAAGUCAGAGGCCAAGAAAGCUGCCAAGAUCCUGACGGACUUCACCGAGAUCUCCAGCAGGAACGGACCCGACAAGCUCAUCCCCCCUCAUGUGAUAGCGAAGGCCGAGGGUCUGGCCAUCAUCUCCGUCAUCAAGGCCGGCUUCAUGAUCACCGCCAGAGGAGGAAGUGGCAUCGUCAUCGCCAGACUGGCCGACAGACGUUGGUCGGCGCCUUCGGCCAUCGGCAUCGCCGGUCUGGGAGGAGGCUUCGAGAUCGGAGUGGAGGUGUCGGACCUGGUGAUCAUCCUGAACCAGCGCCGGGCCAUUGAGGCGUUCACAAAAGGCGGGAACCUGACGCUGGGCGGGAACUGCACCGUGGCCGUGGGGCCAAUGGGCAGGAACGUGGAGGCUGAUGUUCUGCUGCGUAGCACUGCAGCUGUGUUCACCUACUGCAGGUCCAGAGGUCUGUUUGCUGGGAUCUCUCUGGAGGGAUCCUACCUGAUAGAACGCAAAGAGACCAACCGCAAGUUUUACGGCCAGGAUAUCCGUGCGUCGGCCAUUUUGAACGGCGAUGUGGAGCCGCCCGUGGUUUGCUCCUCCCUCUAUCACAUCCUGGAUGCCUACGCCGAGGCCUACACCACCGACUGGACCAGCAAGAACAUGCGACCCAUGUCAUCUUUCACUCCAUCGAGACCUCAAGCUCCGCCUAAACAGAAACCUCAAACCAACUACCAACCAGCAGCCGGCUACCAGCAACCAGCAGCCGGCUACCAGCAACCAGCAGCCGGCUCAGGUCCAUGGUCAGGAACAGGAAAUAAGAAUGCCCUCUACCCGAGCAUCUCCGUCUACAAGUCGAACACCUCAGGGGGCGCUCCACCUGCGGCUGCGCCCAGUGGACAGCUGGUGGUCACGGCGACCCACCAGUAUGCGGGGCAGCAGCCCGGCGACCUGAGCUUCGUCCCCGGAGACCAGAUCACCGUCCUCACCAAGACCGAGUCCCAGUACGACUGGUGGGAGGGGCAACUGGUGGACGGGCGCGUCGGCAUCUUCCCCGCUAACUUCGUCACGUACUGAGACUCCCCUGGUGGUGUGUGGAGGUACUGCAGCUAAUACCACGCUCUACGGGAAGGAGGAGGGGUCAAGGGACAGGUUUUGCCUCAUUUAAGAGCUUUAAUGAUUAUUAAAAUAACAGAUGCAACUUUUUUAAGAAUCAGUUGUCAAAUCGUUGUAAAAAGAAUAUUUUGGUGUUUUUCACACAAACGAGCUGAGUCAGGAUUAAUUCAGGAACUAAUCCGAAUAACCACGAGUCGCUGCAGCACUUUAACUUUCAGCUUUGUGAUUUACAUAGAAUUCCAUAGAACUGUUUCUGAACGUAAACAUAUACAUUUAUUAUUAUCAAUGAGUCAUUUAUUGUUACACAUAUUCAUGAACUGUGUGAAGACCUGAAGACAAACUCCUGCUGCUUCCUCUUCCACUAAAUAAUCUACACACUUUGAAUUAACACAAUAAAAACAGUUUUCAUAAGAAAGUUAUGUUUCAGAAGAAUAAAGUGAGAUCAUACAACAUCACAUGUUCCUCGUCAAACAGAUUAAAAAAAAUGAACAAAGCAGUUUAAUAAACAUCAGCUGUUUAAAAGUCUGAAUCAAAUCUUUGCAUUUCUAAAGAUUCUCGUCUCUCACUCGUGGCCUUUAUCUGAGGGUUCUGCAGCAGAACCACUUCCUGUCCUUUCCCUUCAAAAUACAAACUAGAAAAACAACCAAAAACCUCCUUUACAUUUGCUACCAAAAUAAAAGCACUUUUCAAACUAAAUUAAAAUGGAUUUGAUUUAGAAAGUCCUUUUUUAUUAGUUUUUUCAUUUUGUUAUCUAUAAAAGUAUUAAAGUCUUCUGUGGUCUGUUACUGUCUCCACCUUUUUAAAAUGUCUCCACAGCACCAAACGGGACGUGGGUGGUGUAGGCUCUUUAUCUUCUGUGGUUGUGGUCAAUAUAUAAUUCAGCAGGAUUAUCACUUAAUCUAGAUUAACAUAAUGAUGUUUGUGGGAUUGUUUUUAGACAUCAGAGGCUGUUUGAAGAUUAUAAAUAAAUCUUAUUUGGAAAAAUGUCA